ACCCCCAUCCAUAUAUAGCGCACGGCGCACGCGACGCGGCGGCCAUUUUUCCUAAGCUGGAGGAGCUCUCCUCAUUUGCGCAUCACCACCUCAAAUAAGGCAACGCAAUAAUAAUCAGCGAUUCACCAUCCUCUCCCGGUCCGGCCCCCGGCUCCGGCCGAAUAACAAACAAUUCCGGCCCUCGCGCCUGACCACCCCCGCGCGCGCGCGGCGAUCGAAUUCGACCGCCGGCCGGCCGGAGAGCAGUGGUGUGUGGUAUAUAUACGCACAUACACAUACAUACAUACAUAUAUGGGCCGCCUGACGCCGCCGCCGUCGGAGGCGGCGGCGGUGGCGCCGCUGCUCCUCGUCGUCGUCCACGUCCUCCUCCUGGCGGCCGCCGUUUCCGCGCUCCCGGCGAUCAACGUGACGACGAUGGCGUUCGAGGACGGGUACGCUCCGCUGUUCGGCCACGGCAACAUCCUCCGCUCCGCCGACCACCGCACCGUCAGCCUCCUCCUCGACCGCUCCACCGGGUCUGGUUUCAUCUCCUCGUCCAUGUACCAGCACGGCUUCUUCAGCGCCUCCAUCAAGCUCCCCUCCGACUACACCGCCGGCGUCGUCGUCGCCUUCUACGCGUCGAACGGCGACGUGUUCGAGAAGCGGCACGACGAGCUGGACUUCGAGUUCCUCGGCAACAUCCGGGGGAAGCCAUGGCGGGUGCAGACGAACGUGUACGGCAACGGCAGCGUGGGGCGGGGCCGCGAGGAGCGGUACGUGCUGCCGUUCGACCCGACCACGGAGUUCCACCGCUACUCCAUCCUGUGGACGCCCGCCGCCGUGGCGUUCUACGUCGACGACGUGCCGGUGCGAGAGGUCCGCCGGUCCGACGCCAUGGGCGGGGACUUCCCGUCCAAGCCCAUGUCCGUCUACGCCACCGUCUGGGACGCCUCCACCUGGGCCACCUCCGGCGGCCGCUACCGCGUCAACUACAGGUACGGGCCCUUCGUCGCGUCCUUCACCGACCUCGCCCUCCUCGGCUGCCGCGUCGACGGGCCCGUCGCCGCCAUCCAGCAGGUGCUGCUGCCGCCGGUGCCAAGCCGGUGCGCCGCCGACGAGGAGAAGCUCAGGGCGUCGGACGUGGCCGUCAUGACCGUGGAGAAGCAGCAGGCCAUGCGCAGGUUCCGGGAGCGGAACAUGGUCUACUCCUACUGCUACGACACGCUGCGGUACCCCGCCGCGUUCCCAGAGUGCGACGUCGUCGAGUCGGAGCGCCGCCGGUUCAAGGAUAGUGGACACCUCCGCUUCGCGUUCCGGCGGCGGAUGGGCCCGCGACGCUCCGGCGGAAGGGCGGCCAGCAGAGCCGCCGCCGCCGCCGCCAGCAGGGACAGGGACAGGGACCUCAAGAAGCGCGCGGCGGACAUGUAGCAUUCGUGUAGUAGUGGCCGGUGAUGGUAAUGGUGAUGUUGACGGAUAUUAGCGUGUGCCAGUGCCACUAUUAAUCAAUUAAUUGGAAACGAUACAAUCACA